AUGGGUCGUGCUGAUUCAGAGUUACUGAAUCAGUCAAUUGAAGCAGCUAUGCCGAAACGAGUGGAAAUCAAUGAAGAAUUUCUCGCUGAUAUGAUUGAGCAGGCACAACCGAAACCAUCACCCUCGAAACGUCGCGACGGUGACGCAGGACGUAACUUUUCGCGAGCAUCCACGGCCAAAGUACGCUCCGGUGCAUCGAGUACCAAAACAACAUCAGCAGUAGCUGAUGACGACGAUUUUUUGCUUCAAAGUAUUGCCAGUGUGCUGCCGCAAAGUUCAAGCAGCAGACGAACUCGAUCAUCAGGCUUGGGUACGCCGCCAAAAAAAGCCAGGGCCAUGACGGGCGAAGCCGCAGGCACGUCAAAUGGCCCUAAACGUGUUCCCCCUCGUGCGGUACUCCCAAAUGCUCACAAUCCUCCUUCUCCACACAGUUGUUCGGUGAUACGAACGAAAGAUUCACUGCGACCAGCUGGAAUCAGUUUGAAGAAAUCCAGUAAAUGCGCCAUCAAUAAUAAUUCAUCGUCAUCGGCACUUUUCAACGCAGCGCUACAAAGUUCGGCACUGGUUGAAAGCCAAAAAACAUCCGAGAAAGUACGCGAUGCUUCAUCCUUAAUGCAACAACAGCAUCAGCCAAAUGAGGAAAGCGAUACGCUAAGCGAAGAUAAUUACAGCCCUCUAACUGAUAAUGCUAUGGUUGUUGAUAAGAAUGUGCCACGAGAUGUGGACGAAGAGUUUCAAGCGGAACAGCUUAUCAUUGAUUGCAGCGUUGUUUCGGAUACUGUUAAACAAACAGCUGUAAGGCCAGUCCAAAAACUGAGUGGAAUACGUCCCAGUGCCGCGCAGCGUCUCGGGAAAUCCACGAAAAAUUUCAGCAGACGCUCAUCGGAACAGGAAAUAGGCGAACUUCCAGCACCAUGGAGUAGUAAUGAAAGUUCACCAGGCAGUCCACAAACAUCAACACCUAAGAGUUCAUCAUUAACGUCAAGAGCGAGAUAUGCAGGUAAAACACCAAAAAAUCCUGGAUUUAUGCCUUCAUUUGUCCGUGAAAAAGUGCGAGAUGUAUCGCAAAGUCGUAACUCUGAUCACUUAGCGAUGAAGUUUGAUCAACCAACAAAAUCGAUGCAAAAAUCAACCAAAGUGCUUUCACGCCGAGAAGUAGUUCAAAAUAAAUCAGCACGAGUACAGCCAUUCAGUUGCCGGAAUGCAGAAGAAAAGGAAACGACAAAAACAUUGCCAAUUCCUGAUGCAGAAAGUGACAAGAAAACAGCGGCGGCGGCAGCCACGGAAGAUAGCGAAAAUGAUAAGAGCACAGCCUGUGAAAAGCCACCAAACGCAAGCAGUGUAAAGAAGAAGCAGCCAGUCAAACAAAUGCUAAUAACGACUGUUUAA